AUGGACCAACCCAUGAUCUACAACAAUUCGGAGAAGAUUACUAUUCCGGCCGUAUUGGGUAGAGCAGUAUCUCCAUUGUCCUUCGAGGAAGGUCUUGAGGUCACGAAUCAAGGAUGCAUGAGGGCAAGACCGAUCGCUAUUUUGACCCAUAACCAUACGAAUUACGUUGUCAGCACAACAUUCCCAUAA